AUGAGCAAAGUUUUAUUGCUUCUCGUUACUUUGGUCAUCCUUCAUUUGGCCGACUCUUACAUCUUGCUGACCGCUAACAUGGAGGAUGUGCAGAGCGUGGUCAAGCAGUUGUCCAGUUCGCCGGUCAUCGAGCAGGUGAAGAAGAUCUGGCGUCGGGCCGCCAACCAGUUCAACGCUGAAUUGAACAAGUCGCAGAAGCGCCAGCGUUAUAAAAGCGGAAUGGAUUCCGAUAACGACCAGUUGAACAGCAAGGAGCUUUUCCGACGCAGGAACAUGGACGCUUUGAUAUCGUUGGGCAAGAACGCAAGUGAAUAUAUCAACUCCGUUAAGGAUGUUAUCAACAAAGUCCUUGCG